UCGCCAAUAACUUACAAAUAUUAUUAUCAUUCAUACACCUUCGAAUCAUUCCAGAAUGUCCGCCUCACGUACAUCCCUCUCUCUUCUGAGAACCCUUGUUCCCUACAAAACCCAAACUCGAGCCGUCACCUAUAUGCCUCGUCCCGGAGACGGAUCCCCGAGACCCGUAACCCUAAUCCCAGGGGAUGGAAUCGGUCCAUUGGUGACCAACGCAGUGGAACAAGUGAUGGAAGCAAUGCACGCACCGGUUUACUUCGAGAAGUACCAAGUUCACGGCGACAUGAAGCAGAUACCGCAGGAAGUCAUAGAUUCCAUAAGGAAGAACAAAGUUUGCCUUAAAGGAGGGUUGAGAACACCCAAGGGGGGUGGAGUUAGCUCGCUGAACCUUCAUUUAAGAAGAGAAUUGGAUUUGUACGCUUCAUUGGUGGAUUGUUGUAAUUUGCCAGGAUUGCCAACCAGACAUGAAAACGUGGAUAUCGUAGUAAUCAGGGAGAACACCGAAGGGGAAUACUCGGGUCUCGAACACGAGGUGGUGCCUGGCGUGGUUGAGAGCCUUAAGGUGAUAACCAAGUUUUGUUCAGAGCGGAUUGCAAAAUAUGCAUUUGAAUAUGCUUAUUUAAACAAUCGAAAAAAGGUUACCGCUGUUCAUAAGGCCAACAUCAUGAAACUGGCUGAUGGCCUGUUUUUAGAGUCUUGCCGGGAAGUUGCAGCUAGAUAUCCAACUAUCAAGUAUGACGAAAUCAUCGUUGACAACUGUUGCAUGCAACUUGUUUCAAAACCAGAACAAUUUGAUGUGAUGAUUACUCCUAAUCUUUAUGGAAAUUUAGUGGCAAAUACAGCCGCCGGCAUUGCUGGAGGUACUGGUGUCAUGCCUGGAGGCAAUGUAGGAGCUGAACAUGCUGUAUUUGAGCAAGGUGCUUCAGCAGGGAAUGUGGGAAAAAAAAAGAUGGUGGAGCAAAAAACGGCAAAUCCAUUGGCUUUGCUUCUGUCUUCUGCCAUGAUGUUGAGGCAUCUCCAGUUUCCAGCAUUUGCUAAUCGACUUGAGGAAGCGGUGAAAAAUGUAAUCUUAGAGGGAAAGUACAGGACUAAAGACCUUGGUGGAGAUAGCACCACACAACAAGUUGUUGAUGCUGUCAUUGCUAAGAUUGAGUGAUUACUUGGGGAAGGUAAGGUUGGGUUCUCCCUCAAGUCUUAAAUUUUGUUGCUUUUCUCAUUUUCUAUUUGCUAUUCUUAGAUUUCCAGCAUUAUAUUCUUUUUUAUCCAAAUAAUCAAUUUGUAAUGAAAAUUGAGUGUUGAAUAAGUUUCUUCGAUUGUAAAACUUUGGCAUUAGGUGAAAUAAGAAUCUGGU